CUGCGAUCGAAAAACAUCCCAUAUGAUGUAUGUUGAGAUCAAAUCUUAAAAAUUAUCAGUUAAUUAAAUUUUCAGACAAUCCAAUGUUCAAUUUGGAAUGUUAUUCCUCGUGAACAUUUAUAUCCAAUUAUCACAGUCGAUAAUUAUUGUUUUGCAAAUGUAAUGGAAGGAAUUGAUUAUUUAUUGUCAAAAUAUCAAAAAGUGGGUUACUGUAGAUAUUUUAUUGUUUCAAAUAAAGAAAACUUUUCAGUCAAUUGAUAACGUCUUAAAUCCAAUUGAAAGAGCUCAAUCACUUGCAUUCAGUGCUUUGCUCGAUGAAUUGAGUUGGAUGUUAGCAUAUUCGAGAGCACAUGAUUUCUCUUGGUUGAGAGAUGAUCGAAAAAUUCUCGAAGAUUUUUCUAAAAUUCAAAUUUAUUUUUGGAGAAAUGUUAUUGUUCCAAGAUUGCAAAAAAAGGUUUGCGAGAUUAAAAAUUGAACAUUUUGUUUUAUUUCACAAAAUUAGGAGAAAAAUCAUACUAAAAUUCGAAAAUCGAAUUUCGGAUAAAUUUUUCAGAAACUUUUUUUUGAGAAAUUUUUUUCAAACAAAUUUUAUCAUUUUUUUUUCAGUUUAGACUAAACUGUUUAGUAAUCUCAUAUUAUGUUUCGAAUUCAGUAUUCCCAAAAAUUCAUCAAGUUUUUGCUUUUUUUUUUCGAAAAUUUUGUUUUUUAUUUGAAAUUUCAAAAAUAAAGUGUCGAAUCGAUUUUGAUUUUUGAGAUUCAAAAGUGUCAAUUUUCUUCUCAAAACAACAUAUUUUUAUAGACAUUAAACCGUGUUCGAGGUUAUGGUUUAAGUGGAAAAAAUGCUAAAAAAGAAGUGACAUCAAGAACAGAAGCAAUGCUCGAAGCACUUUCAGCUCAAUUGAGUUCCAAUAAAUAUUUUUUCAAUGUAAAAGAGCCAUCUUGGUUGGAUUGUAAAGCAUUUGCUGUUUUGGCACAAUUUAAAUAUACUCCUUUAAUUAAUGAAGCACGAAUUAAACAAUUUCUCAAAGAAAGAACACCAAAUCUAGUAAGUUUAUCAUUUGCUUUUUUGAUUUUCCGAUUGAAAUUCUAUUUUAAGAUGACAUUUGUGACGCGAAUCAAAGAUGAAUUCUGGUCUGAUUGGAUGUCUAUUUCCGAUUAA